AUGGUCACAACACAUCUGUUAUAUCCAGUACUCAUCGAGCGUUUGAAGUCUUUUGAUGAGUGGAUACCAAUCCACCCUAUAAAACCAAUAGUACUAGCUGUAUGUGGCUAUUCUUAUACGGGGGUAAACGAUAAAGUCUUGUGUGUUGCGUGUGGUGUAGUUGUUAAUAAUUGGCGGGUAGGUGACAUACCUUUAGAUAAACAUAAAGACGAUUGUUGUUUUCUUGCAGCAUAUAAACAAGCUCAAAGAUUACGGGAUGUCCAAACACGGUUAGACACUUUUCCGUAUCGGUGUACCUCAGUUGAACAACACGCUGAGUUUGGUUAUUUUUAUGAAGAUGAGAAAGUAUACUUUUUAACGAAUAAGGAUAUUUCUUUAAAUAGUGUUAGAAUAGCCACUUUUAAGAACAAACCAGGCGAACAUGAUCCUCUGCGUGUUCAAAACGAUAUCAGAUCUGCCGAGAACGGCAUUAUAUACACAGGGCCUCUUUAUCGAACGAUAAGCAGCAAACACUGUGUAAUAGUUGAUGUAUACAUGAACGAGGAACAAGAAACAAAUGUUGUAGCAGACACAAGCGUACUACAUGCAACAGUUGCAAACAAGAUGAUAGAUCAGCGUCUUAUUUGUAAAAUCUGUUUAUUUAAGGAAAUUAACACGGUUACUCUGCCAUGUCGACACGCGACAUUUUGUCGAGAAUGUUCUCACUUACCCCAGAACCACAUGUUGUCUAUGCAGAACUCCCAUAGAAUAUAUAGCAAUGCUGUAGGAUUAGUGUUAUAUGCUUCUUCUUUUCGUUUAUCAAUUAGGCAAUCCAAACCACGUGAUUUUUAA